AUGUCUGAACGAUAUAGUUUCUCAUUGACAACAUUCAGUCCAUCUGGAAAGUUGGUCCAGAUUGAAUAUGCAUUGGCAGCUGUGGCCGCUGGAGCUCCUUCCGUUGGGAUAAAAGCUUCUAAUGGUGUGGUGUUAGCCACUGAAAAAAAGCAGAAAUCUAUUCUUUAUGAAGAACAUAGCAUCCACAAAGUUGAGAGCAUUACAAAGAAUAUUGGCAUGGUUUAUAGUGGAAUGGGUCCAGAUUACAGAGUUUUAGUACGUCGUGCUCGUAAACUUGCUCAGCAAUACUACUUGACAUACCAGGAACAAAUUCCUACUGCCCAAUUAGUACAAAGAGUUGCCAAUGUUAUGCAAGAAUUUACACAGUCUGGAGGUGUUCGUCCAUUUGGUGUUUCCUUGCUUAUAGCAGGUUGGGAUGAAGAUGAACAAAAACCAUUUUUAUAUCAAUGUGAUCCAUCUGGUGCAUACUUUGCUUGGAAGGCUACUGCAAUGGGUAAGAACUAUGUUAAUGGAAAAACAUUCUUAGAAAAAAGAUAUAACGAGAAUCCUGAAAUAGAAGAUGCAGUCCAUAUUGCUAUCUUAACCCUGAAGGAGAGUUUUGAGGGUCAGAUGACAGAAAGCAACAUAGAGAUUGGUAUUUGCAAUGCUCAAGGGUUCCGGCGAUUGAAGCCCUCAGAAGUCAAAGACCAUCUUGCGAAUGCAUCCUAA